ACUAGCAAUAUGGCACGAUUGGCACGUAGACAUCUCAUAACCUUUACGACUACACUACUAAUGUUUUUCAGUAAAACGAUGUGAAGGAUUUUCAUAGUUUGACAUAUUAGAUUCGACCUUUUGCAGCAAUAUAAUAAAUAAUACAAUGAAUUUAAGUAAAACGGAGAAACUAAUAGCAGCUAGAAAAAAGUUAAAAGAAUUUCAACAGAAUAAAAAAAUACAUAUACAAGAUGAACCAUUGAAAAAUGAAAAUGGUAUAAUCAAAUUAUUGCAACAGAAUGAAACUGUGGAAACAAGCUCUCAUAAAAAUCAGUUAAGAAGUGAUCAUAAUGUUCCUAUAAGCGAUACUUUACAAAAUUUUACAUUUCCAAUAGAUAAUAAAGAUUCUCAUGUAAAUAUAGAAACGAUAAAUUUUGUAUCUAUAAAUGAGGAUAAAAUAAGUGUAAAGAAAACAGAUACAGAAAGUAAUUCUAAACAAGUUGCCGGUAUUGAAAUGACAAAUAUGGAAGUAUUGUCAGAAAUGGAUAACAGUCAUGUACAAAAGCAAACAAUAUCGGAAUCUAGUGAAAAUAAUAUUAAUUACUUUUGUACAGAUAAAGAUAAAUGUGAAAAUAAUUGUACUUUAGAUAAUAUAUCUUUAAAUCAACAACUAUCUAUACAAACAAAACAAUUAUUACAAACUGAGAAUACAAAAAUUGAGUCUGAUGAAAGUACUGACAAUAAUAAAUGGAAAAUACUUGAUUCUGACUCACAUUCUCAGAAUCAAACUGUAACUUGUUUACAAGAUCAAAAUGAAUUACAAAUUCAAGUUAAACAAUAUAGUAAUAAAAUUUCUGAACUACAAGCUGCACUUGCUGCAAAAGAUGCAGAAGUUGAGGUAAAGCUGAUGCAGGAGACUAAUCAAUUAAAAGAACAAUUGCAAAUUCAUGUGCAAACAACUAAUAUUUUAAUUUCGGAAAAAGCAGAACUUACUGCAGCUUUAAAUCAAAAUCAAGCAAUUAUUAAACAUCAAAAAGAAGAGAUAGAAGAAUUAUCUGGAAAAUUGAAAUAUGUUCAAUUUCGUUCAUCUGAAUUCGAAAAAGAAUUAAAUACUACAAAAACUGAAGCUGAAGAAGCUAAAAAGAUCGCUCAACAAAUAAAACAAGAUCAUGAAACACUUUAUGAAAAAUAUUCAGAGCUAAAGAAGGAAAAAGAUGAUUUGAGUUUACAGGUGUCAGAAUUAAAACAAAAAUUAAGUGUUAAGAAUAGUGAAAUAAAUAAUUUGCAACAGACUGUACAAGAAAAAGCUGCUUUACUUUCAUUGAAUGAAUUAAAAAUACAACAGCUCACAAGUACAUCUCAAAGCCUAGAGGUGUUUGAAAAUCAACAUCAUAAUGUAACCAUACUUGAGCAACAAGUGACACAAAUGAAAGAAGCUUUAAAAACAGUGAGUGAAGAAAAUGAUGAAGCAAGUAAACAAUAUCAAAACUAUGUCCGUCAAUUAGAAACACAACAAGAAACACUGGUUAAUGAACUCGAACAUCAGAAAAAAUUAAACAACGAACUGGAAAUUAGAGAAAAAAGUUAUAUAGAACGUUUAUCAGAUUUUGAACAACAAUUACAAUCUGAAAAAGAAAAAGUUCAAGAGUUACUUCCAUUGCAAAAUCAUAAACAUCAUACAGAUACUUUAAUAAAGGAAAUAGAUGAACUUACAUUAGAACAAGAGAGACUUCAUAUUGUUAUAAAUGAAAAGGAAACAGAUAUAGAUAUUUUAAAAAAAGAAUUACAACAGUUACAAAAUAAAGAGAAUCAAGAUACAGAUGUACCAAAACUGCUUCAGGCUCUUGAAAGUGAACAGCUUGGUGCAUCUAGAGCUGUAUCACAAAACCAACAGCUUAAACAACAGUUAAAUGAGAUGCAUGAUGCUUUUAUUUUACUUAGCAAUACUAAAUUAGAUUUGACAGAAAAACUACAAUCCGAACGUACCAUUGGGAGGAAACUAAAUGCAGAACUUAACAAAUUAGAGUCAGAAGUAGAAUAUUUAAAAAAUUGUUUAAAAGAAAAAGAAGUAUCUUUGUCAGAAUUGGAAAAAGAGAAUUUACAGAAUGCUCAAAUUGCUGAUCAAAUACAUCAUUAUCAAGCUCAAUCGCAGUAUACGCAUACAUUACAGCAAGAACUUCAAAAAGCUUUGACAACUAUUGAUGAUUUAAAAAGUGAAAAUGAAAAACUCACUGAAGAAUUGAAUCAUAAAACAGACAAGGAAAAAAAUGGAGUAAAUGAAUCUAACAUGGUUAAUGAAAUAUUGGAAAAUAAUAAGGACAAUGUUGAUAAAAAUAUCCUUAAAACCAGAGAAAUUAAAACUAUAUCACGUUCCACAAUAACUGAGCCUUCUCAUGCUUUAGAACCUAUAAAGAAAUUGGAAGAGAGAUUUAAAGAAACGAUGGAAAAACUUGCUGAGUUAACAGAUGAAAAACAGAGAUUGGAACAUUUGGUUUUACAGCUUCAAAGUGAAACAGAGACAAUAGGUGAAUAUAUUGCAUUGUAUCAAAGACAACGUGCUAUUUUGCAAGAAAGAGCAAAAGAAAAAAAUGAAGCUUUUCGUCUACUUAUAGAACAGAAAAACGAACAACAAGAACAAUUGCAUAAGCUAAAAGAAUUAGUAAUAAAUUUGAUAACAAGAAAAUCCACUAUUACAGAGAACAUAGAGCCUUAUACUUCUGAUCACAAAGAAGAAAAUAAAGAUGUAAUAACAUCAGAAAUUAUCAAACAACAUAAUAGUGUUGCAUCAGAAAUAUCAGAUGAUGAAACAACAUCUCAAAUUCUUGAUCUUUUAACAGAAAUUAAAGAUUGUAAAGAUACAUGCAUACUUGCAUCAAACUUUCACCCAUGCCCGUGGUGUUCAGGAAAACUUAUCACUGUAUAAUUAUUUAAUUAAAAAUAUACCUUUUAAAAAAAAAAA